UUGAACUAUUUUUUAGUUUCGUUUUUAGGAACAUUCCUCCUCCCCCUCCUCCUCCUCUUCCUCAUCUACACACACACACUCACUCGAUCUAAAGUAAAAGGGAAAGGGAACGAGGACUCGUUAAGUUAGAAGCUUUACUCGGUCCGCAUCAGACUGAACUGAUUUCUCUUCUUGUUCCUGUCCGACCUAUAGCCAUGUUCUCCCGCUACGUGCUGGUGAUCGUCUCUCUGGUGGAUCUCCUGUCGGACUUCCAUGUGUCCUGCUGUGAUUACAACUGUGCAAACAAAACAGUGUUCACUCCCCCCCGACUGGUGGUGAAGCACGGAGACCGGACCUCUUCCACCUGCUCUCUGUGUCCGUCGUGCCCAAAGGACAUUUUCGAUGUGGAAAAAUCUGUCGGAUACAACGUGAAAAAUGAAAGUAACAUCACAGUAACAUGGACGGUUGAAAAAAUGAUGGAGUGGAAAACGACUCCAAAGUGUUACUAUACUAGGACUGAUGGUGUUCAGUGUUGCACUCGGCUGAACAUUACUGUGUACAAGCUUCCAGACCUGGUCUCUGUCAGCCUUUUGAAUCACUCCGGCCCGUUGUUGGAGUCUCGUAACUACACUCUGCUGUGCGAGGUGCAGCUAGUGGCUCCGAUUAGUAAUGUCAACGUGACCUUCCUCAGAGGUCACACAGAACUGGGCCAGAAAUGGAACUCGAAUAACCUACAGAAGGAACCAGUGACUGAGGUCUUCUCUCUGGGAAUCUCCCCCACUAAAGAAGAUGAUGGAGCUCAGUACUGGUGUCGAGCAGAGCUGGAGCUGGGACCUGAUGGACCACAGCCCCCUCCGAUGGUUAGGUCGGAAAACGUGAACGCUACUGUCCACUAUAAGCCCAGGCAGCUGGCGCCAUCACCUCCAGAUCUGAUCACCCUCACACAAGGAGAUCGUCUAGAGCUGAACUGCACGGCCGAGGGGAACCCCAGCCCCUCGUACACCUGGACCUCCCUGCCAGACGGCGUCCCCCCGUCCAGCAGCAACGUCCUCACCAUCGAGUCUGUGGCUUCUGGGCACGAGGGACAGUACACCUGCUCUGUCAGCAACUACGUGGGCACAAACACUGUGAUGUUCAAGGUGGCUGUCAAACCCAACAUCAUCCUGCCCAUAGUACUUGCUGUUGUUGUGUUUAUCGCCUGCUUGAUGGGAGGAAUCUUCUAUUUCUACAGACAAGGCAGGAUUGGAAAUUACAACCUGAAAGAUGUUUUCCGUUUACACCAACAACACGAGGCCGUACCCACUGUAGAGUGUGGGAAGGUGUGAAAAAUGUGUGCAGAAGUUGUUUUGUGAUACGCUGAAGUGUUGGCGUCGGACUCGUGGCCUGAGUGUCAUCUCUCUCGCUGUCCUUUCCUGUCGUCUCUUUACUGACGACUUAAAAUUCCCCAAAUGAGUUCAGUCUCAACUUGGGUGACCUGAGCGCUUCAGGGACGUGUCUGUAUCUCAGGUUUAACGCAUACUCAUGGUUAAACGUACACCAAUUUAUACAUUUCACUACACAGACAAAAGCACAUUGUUGGACAAAAUUUGAAAAAAUAAUUCACAUAUUCUUUCACAUUGAAGUUAGCAGCUGUAUUUGUCUGACUUGUUAAAGUUAAGUUGAACACACACUGUAUUUUGUGUGCUACCCAUGGAGGUCAAUUUUUAAGUUGGUGCUAGAAUGAUCUUCUCUCUCUCUUUCCUUUUUCAGUGUAUGUACACAAGAGUUAACAAUCCUGUGUAAAUGUGAAGCUAAUUAAGAAUUCGGUGGCUAAACGGGUCACAUAUUCAAUUUUUUUAGUAAUUGGAACUAAUAA